GGAGUAACCCUCGGCAGCUGGAAGGCCUUCACUCCCUGGACCCUCAUGGGUAGUUUCUGCCUCAGGCGAUGAUGGAGAGCCUAAUACGGGGAAGGCAUCCCCCACAAUAUCAGCGAAGUCCUUAUAAGGAGGCUCGUGCAGCACUGCGGAAGAGGCCUGAAGAGGAGUGAGCCCGCUACAUGAAAAGAAUGCAAGUCAAAGUGCCCACAGCCUAGACGUCUUCAGAGACAGGAGUGACUAGCAAUGCAGUGCCUGGAGAUGACCACCAAACGGAAGCUCAUUGGCCGCCUGGUGCCAUGCCGCUGCUUCCGCGGCGAGGAAGAGAUCAUCUCAGUGUUGGAUUACUCCCACUGCAGCCUGCAGCAGGUGCCGAAGGAGGUCUUCAACUUCGAACGCACGCUAGAGGAGCUCUAUCUGGAUGCCAAUCAGAUUGAGGAGCUGCCCAAGCAAUUGUUCAACUGCCAAGCUCUGCGGAAACUAAGCAUCCCUGAUAAUGACCUCUCAAGUCUGCCGACCUCUAUCGCUAGCCUAGUUAAUCUGAAGGAACUCGACAUCAGUAAAAAUGGUGUACAAGAAUUUCCAGAAAACAUAAAGUGCUGUAAGUGUUUAACCAUUAUUGAAGCCAGUGUCAAUCCUAUUUCUAAACUACCCGAUGGCUUCACGCAGCUUCUUAACCUGACCCAGCUCUACCUGAAUGAUGCCUUCCUUGAAUUUCUUCCAGCCAACUUUGGAAGACUUGUCAAAUUGCGAAUCUUGGAGCUAAGAGAAAAUCACUUGAAAACUCUACCAAAGUCAAUGCACAAACUGGCCCAGCUGGAGAGACUUGACCUAGGCAAUAAUGAAUUCAGCGAGCUGCCUGAAGUUCUGGAUCAAAUACAGAAUUUAAGGGAGCUAUGGAUGGAUAACAAUGCAUUGCAAGUGCUGCCUGGGUCUAUAGGGAAGUUAAAGAUGCUGGUAUACCUGGAUAUGUCAAAAAACAGGAUAGAAACGGUUGACAUGGAUAUUUCCGGAUGUGAAGCCCUUGAGGACCUCUUACUAUCCUCCAAUAUGUUACAACAGCUGCCUGACUCCAUAGGACUGCUGAAAAAGCUAACAACUCUAAAAGUAGAUGACAAUCAACUCACGAUGCUACCCAAUACAAUCGGAAACUUGUCUUUGUUAGAAGAAUUUGACUGCAGCUGCAAUGAGCUGGAAUCUCUUCCUUCCACCAUUGGCUACCUGCACAGCCUGCGAACCUUAGCAGUCGAUGAGAAUUUCCUCCCAGAGUUGCCCAGAGAAAUUGGCAGCUGUAAGAAUGUCACCGUUAUGUCUCUACGCUCCAAUAAGCUAGAAUUUCUUCCUGAAGAAAUUGGGCAGAUGCAGAGGCUGCGAGUCUUAAAUCUAAGUGAUAACAGGUUGAAGAAUUUACCAUUCUCGUUCACCAAACUCAAAGAACUUGCAGCAUUGUGGCUUUCUGACAAUCAGUCCAAGGCCCUUAUACCUCUACAAACAGAAGCCCACCCAGAAACCAAGCAAAGGGUACUGACCAACUACAUGUUUCCCCAACAACCCCGCGGUGACGAAGAUUUCCAGUCAGACAGCGACAGCUUCAACCCCACCCUGUGGGAGGAGCAGAGACAACAGCGCAUGACUGUUGCCUUUGAAUUUGAGGAUAAGAAAGAAGAUGACGAAAGUGCUGGGAAAGUUAAGGCUCUCUCCUGCCAAGCCCCCUGGGACAGGGGCCAGCGUGGGAUUACUCUCCAACCUGCCAGGCUGUCUGGCGAUUGCUGCACACCAUGGGCCAGGUGUGAUCAGCAGAUCCAAGAUAUGCCCGUCCCCCAGAGUGACCCCCAGCUGGCAUGGGGUUGUAUAAGUGGCCUCCAGCAGGAGAGGAGCAUGUGUGCUCCCUUGCCAGUGGCAGCACAGUCCACCACUCUUCCCUCUCUAAGUGGCAGACAGGUUGAAAUAAACCUAAAACGCUAUCCAACUCCUUACCCAGAGGAUUUAAAGAAUAUGGUAAAAUCUGUUCAAAAUCUGGUGGGUAAGCCAAGCCACGGAGUGCGAGUUGAGAACUCAAAUCCAACAGCUAACACGGAGCAAACUGUGAAAGAAAAGUUUGAGCACAAGUGGCCGGUGGCCCCAAAGGAGAUUACAGUGGAGGAUUCUUUUGUUCAUCCAGCUAAUGAAAUGAGGAUUGGGGAACUUCACCCUUCAUUAGCUGAGACCCCUCUGUACCCACCCAAACUUGUUCUGCUAGGGAAGGACAAAAAAGAAUCAACUGAUGAGUCUGAAGUUGACAAAACUCACUGUCUGAAUAACAGUGUCUCCUCAGGCACCUACUCAGACUACUCGCCCUCCCAGGCUUCCUCGGGGUCCUCAAACACCCGCGUGAAAGUGGGGUCCUUGCAGACAACCGCUAAAGAUGCCGUCCAUAACUCUUUGUGGGGUAACAGGAUUGCACCACCUUUCCCACAGCCUCUGGAUGCAAAGCCAUUACUCAGCCAACGGGAGGCUGUUCCUCCAGGGAAUCUCCCCCAGCGUCCUGACCGGCUGCCAAUGAGUGAUGCCUUCCCUGACAACUGGACUGAUGGCUCCCAUUACGACAACACAGGUUUUGUCUCAGAGGAAGCUGCCGCCGAGAAUGCCAACAAUAACCCUCUCUUAAGCGCCAAGGCUAGAAGCAUGCCUGCUCACGGGCGCAGGCCUUUAAUCAGGCAGGAAAGGAUUGUCGGCGUUCCCCUGGAACUGGAACAGUCCAUACACCGACACACGCCAGAAACAGAAGUGCCUCCUUCCAACCCCUGGCAGAACUGGACCAGAACUCCCAGUCCAUUUGAAGACAGGACUGCUUUUCCUUCCAAAUUAGAAACAACCCCUACUACCAGCCCCUUACCUGAAAGAAAAGAUCACAUGAAGGAGCCUACAGAGACACCAAGUCCCUUUUCUCCAGGAGUGCCGUGGGAGUACCAUGACCCCACACCCAACAGGAGUCUCGGUAAUGUCUUUUCUCAAAUCCACUGCCGCCCAGAUUCAUCGAAAGGUGUUAUUGCAAUGAGCAAAAGCACGGAGAGGCUCUCCCCACUCAUGAAAGAUAUAAAGUCCAACAAAUUCAAAAAGUCUCAGAGUAUUGAUGAGAUUGACAUUGGAACCUACAAGGUUUAUAACAUCCCGCUAGAAAACUAUGCCUCUGGGAGUGAUCACUUAGGAAGCCACGAGCGGCCAGACAAGUUGUUGGGACCGGAGCACGGCAUGUCCAGUAUGUCCAGGAGCCAAUCGGUACCCAUGCUGGACGACGAGAUGCUCAUGUAUGGAAGUAGUAAAGGGCCACCCCAACAAAAAGCAUCUAUGACGAAGAAGGUCUAUCAGUUUGACCAGAGCUUCAAUCCACAAGGAGCGGUAGAAGUAAAAGCAGAGAAGAGGAUCCCGCCCCCUUUCGCACACAAUUCUGAGUAUGUGCAGCAGCCCAGCAAAAACAUCGCCAAGGAUCUGAUCAGCCCCAGAGCCUAUAGAGGGUACCCACCCAUGGAACAGAUGUUCUCCUUUUCCCAGCCGUCUGUGAAUGAGGAUGCCAUAGUGAACGCUCAGUUUGCCAGCCAGGGGCCCAGGGCAGGCUUCCUAAGGAGGGCUGACUCCCUGGCCAGCUCCACUGAAAUGGCCAUGUUCAGAAGAGUCAGCGAGCCCCAUGAGCUGCCCCCUGGUGACAGGUAUGGCCGAGCAGCCUAUAGGGGAGGGCUAGAAGGCCAGAGCAGUGUUUCAAUGACUGAUCCCCAAUUCCUCAAGAGGAAUGGCAGGUACGAAGAUGAACACCCUUCGUAUCAAGAAGUAAAAGCGCAGGCGGGAAGUUUCCCCGCUAAAAACCUUACCCAAAGGAGGCCGCUGUCCGCCAGGAGCUACAGCACAGAGAGUUACGGAGCCUCCCAAACCAGGCCAGUUUCAGCUAGGCCUACCAUGGCAGCCCUCCUGGAAAAAAUACCAUCUGACUAUAACCUGGGUAACUAUGGUGACAAGCCGUCAGAUAACAGUGAUAUAAAGACAAGGCCCACCCCUGUGAAGGGAGAGGAGAGCUGUGGCAAAAUGCCGGCAGACUGGAGACAGCAGCUGCUUAGACAUAUAGAAGCUAGAAGGUUAGACAGGAGCGCUGCUUACAAACACAACACAGUUAACCUUGGCAUGCUGCCCUAUGGAGGUAUUUCAGCAAUGCAUGCAGGCAGAAGCAUGACUUUAAACUUGCAGACUAAGUCUAAAUUUGACCUUCAAGACCCACCUCUUCAGAAAACCCCGUCCCAGCAAAGCAACAUUUUAGACAAUGGACAAGAAGAUGUCUCUCCUAGUGGCCAGUGGAAUCCUUACCCACUUGGGAGGCGGGAUGUACCUCCGGACACCAUUGCUAAAAAGGCAGGCAGCCACAUUCAGACCCUGAUGGGGUCACAGAGCCUUCAACACCGCAGUCGGGAGCAGCAGCCAUAUGAGGGGAACAUCAACAAGGUGACCAUCCAACAGUUCCAAUCACCGUUGCCCAUCCAGAUCCCUUCGUCGCAGGCCUCCCGGGGACCUCAGCCUGGACGGUGCUUAAUACAAACGAAAGGGCAGAGGAGUAUGGACGGCUAUCCUGAGCAGUUCUGUGUGAGAAUAGAAAAGAACCCUGGACUUGGAUUUAGUAUCAGCGGUGGAAUUAGUGGGCAAGGAAAUCCUUUCAAACCUUCCGACAAGGGUAUCUUUGUUACUAGGGUUCAGCCUGAUGGACCAGCAUCCAACCUACUACAGCCUGGGGAUAAGAUCCUUCAGGCAAAUGGACACAGUUUUGUGCACAUGGAACACGAAAAAGCUGUUUUACUACUGAAGAGCUUCCAGAAUACAGUAGACCUAGUUAUUCAACGUGAGCUCACUGUCUAAAUGUUUUUAUAAAUAGUGAAGAUAUGUCAGGCCAGAGCUAAUGUUCAAAAAUAAAUUUAUACAUAGAAACCAAUUUUGCCAGUUGCUGGACCAAUGGCAAACAUCAGUGCCAGGUGUAUAAUAUUGUACGUUAGCCUUGACCACCCUGGAAAAUGUUACCUAUAAACACGGCAUUCGUGCGUGGCUCUGUAUCAGUUCCAGCGGCAGCCUCUGGCUGUGCAUUGGUGCGGUUUUGUUUCUGUUUUUGUUUUUUAAUCAAAUAAGUUGUCUUCUCAAAGUGGAUUUCCUAUCAUUUCGGAGCACGGAAGCACACACAAGCUCUUUACAAAUUCUGCUCUCCAUCAGAAAUACUGCCUCAAAAGUUGUAUAUAAAGAGUUGUAAUCCCCAUAAAGUAUUUCUAGCACAAGGUAUAUGUUGGCAUAUAUACAAAAAAAAAGAAUAUAGAAAAAUGAUAUUUUCGUAAACACCUUGGAUUGAGAAAGAAAAUAUAUCUUAAAAUAAGACUUUACUAUAUUGAAUCUUUUUCAAUAAAAAUUACAUGAUGACGCCUUAUGGAAGCAACUGUACAUAAAGUAUAAAGUAUUUAUAUUUGGUUCCACAGCCAUUUGCUAAAUUCCCAUAGCAAAGUGAAAUAGUUCAUAAAUUAUCAUUAAUCUCUGAGACCUGAGUAAUAAUCGGAGAAGGUAAAUCUGUUCAAUGCUUUUAGCUAAUUAAAAGGACACAGCAGACUUUAGAGACAGACCACAGGCUGCGGUGGACCACGUUCUUCACUACAACCAGAAGUGAGUGACGGGUGGCAGGGAAACCUUAAUGCUUUAAUGUUCUGUUUCCUCGGGGUUACGCUGACCAUAGACCGCGGCCCCCGUGAUCCCUUUGCUGUAAAUGUGGAACUUUUCCGUGUGCUGCUUUGUUUAAUUUGCUACUUUUAAAUCAUUUUCAAUGAAUUUUGGGAAUUGAUGACAUUUAUUACAGAGAGAGACUUGUUUGAAAGCUAUGGUGGGUGAUUUCAAAACUUUGGUAUUGAAAUAUGAAACUUCAGAUAUAAUUUCUCAGAGCUAUGGUCUAACUGGUGUCAUUAAUCUUAAUGACUGUUUUUUUUUUGCAGACAGAAAUAGAUUAAAAAUUUUUUUCUCCAAAAAAAAAAGUUUCAAGAAACAUAAAUACAAAUGCAAUCAUAACAGAGUCUAAUGUACUUUUACAUUGCGUUUCCCCUGUGAACGUUCAAAAUAUGUUUUAUAAUCCUUUAAGUUACUUCUUUUUAUAGUAGUCACUAAUUUGAUUAAAUUAUUAAUUUGAAAUUUCAGAUCAACUUUCCAUAAUUGGUUGUAUACAUUCCCUCAUAUACCUACAUCACUUUUUUAUAGAACAAAUUUAUCUUAUAUGCUAGUGUUUGGAAUAUCCUAUGGAAUUUUACAAUAGGAUCACAUAUGGAUGUCACCAGAGCUCUGAGGAUAAUAUUUGUAAGUUUAUGUUUUAUGGGGACAUUGAAAAUACUGUAUUUUUGUAGGAUCUAUUAAAAUGAGUGCCACUUAUUAGAAGUACAGUGGUGUUUUUGGCAUAGAAUUUGUCACGUGGAGACAAAUGCAACUUCAUUUAGCAGGUGGUGCACUGGUUUUGUUGCUGAUUUAUGUCAGGAUGACACGAUACCGUGGUUUUAUAGGCUUUGACAAUUAGCUACUGAUUCGAGAUUGGCCUUUUUUGGCGUAUUACACAGAAGCGGUUUUUAAGUGCAUUUUAAUAUAUUGUGAACAUCUAAUGAGAGGCGUCUUUUAAAGCCUAAUUUUCUCUUUCAAAAGCUCAGAGCACAUCACUACAACAGAUGUUCUAGGCUCAGUCUUAGUCAAGAGAAGCCAACCAAGCUCAGAACAUAAUACUGCUGCUUGAAACAUCCAGAAGGAACCCACAGCCUUCUUCCGGAAGGCAAGAGGCAACCAGAUGUAGGGCUCCCACAUACUUUCUUGUAUAGGAGCCUCAGGUGCUCCUGAGGCCGUCAGCUGAGAGGUGGUGACCCCCCCUUGAUGGACUACAUUGCCAGGGGUCUUGCUUUGACACUUCCUUCUGUGAAGCUCAGUAAUGGGGAAAAGACCUCUUGGGGAAAAUGGGGAUAUACUCCAGGCUACCGACUGACAGGCAGAUGGUCACACAGAGGGACAUUUUCUGUUUUAGGUUAACUCAGUGGAAUCGUUAAUCACUUGUGGCUGUGGGAGGGGCUUCUCAUUGAUUUUAAAAGUGACCCAAGCCAGUAAUUCAUUGGUCUGGGGUUAUUUUUAUUUUUUGAGUAACUAACUUGCUGCCGGAAACUAGAAUCUGGUUCAAGUUAACAUCAAAAAUGUAAGUUAAGAGUGUGCCUUUAAGAAGGAAAGAAGGAAAAAGAAAAAUCUACAACACAAAGGAGUGAGUGCCCGGUGGCACGAUGAAAUCUGUACCUCUUGGUGGGUCCUGGAUCUUCCUGCUGAGAAAGCUGUUUGUAGACCUGGGUCAAGGGUGAUGUGCAAUAGAGUGGAGACAGUAGAGACAGAAAGAACAAAUACUGACAAUUAGAAGCCAAACUCUGUGGGGUUUGCAAGAUAAAUAGACUUAAAAGGACAAUUUUCAAGACAUCUCACCAGGCAUGCACACUUUAUUAGGUGAUUCCAGCCUGCCAGGGCCAUGCUGACUUGAAGCCUGUGGAAGUGUGCCUGUGCCUGUCCCUCGGCAUUGUAGUAAAUGCUGUCCGGGCUUUGGCUUGCGCCCCUACCUCCACAGAAAACACCUCAGAUCAGGCGUGUGAACCAACGCUGACUUGUUUGCAGAGAGGAUUGCAUGCAAAGUGGGGCUGAGCUACUUACCGUGUGCGAGGGAAAGAGAGGAGGAUGGAGGCUAGGAAAUGAUGAAGGACUUUGAUUUGCAUAUCCAAAUAUCAAUAGAAAAGUUUCCAGACUUUCCAAGCUGUUUGAUGGAGAAACUCAGAAGCGUUUAAUUUUUAGCCAUAAAACCUGCCAAGUGUAAACACCUCAGUGUAAAAGUCUGGGAACCGUGUUCGUCUCGGCCCUUCUUUCCACAGGGUUUGAACUGUCCAUCAUCGUUUUCUGCUUCUCAUUGGCAGGAAGAUUGAGGAUGUCUAUUCCCGUGAAUGCAUUCUUGUGGAGAGCAAGGAUAUGAUCUAAUCAGAUCAAAAUUCAUGUUGGUAUUAGACUGACAUCUAAACCAUUCCGUGAGUUCAGUCUGACUGAUCCAUGAAAUGGCAAACCACCCACAGGUUCACUGGAACGCUAGAACAGCAAAAAGUAACAACUUAGCGAAAUAAUAAAGUCCAGUCAGUUAUGAUGGGUCCUUCACUUCAAGACAAGCAGCAUUGAGGGGCAGCAAAAGCCCUGUGGCAGAAAUGUUUCUUUCUGUGGCUUAACCAAAUGCUCAAACAACAGUCAGGCAUGCAGCUGCUUUCCACUCACAGGUCCAGCUUCUUGACCAACCACAACUUUGGUGAAUUUUCAAAAUUCAAGAUUACUUACACAACUUUUUUUUUCCUUAGCAAUCCUAGGAGAGGCACUCUGCCCUGGCUUGGAGCAUGAAACCAUGCUAUGUCACCCAAAUAGAAUACCGGCUGAGGGUGAUUGGGAACACACAGAGAAAAUGUUACAAAAGGUGUGGGUGUUGGCUCUCCUGCAUGUCUGUCUAGCUCCACUUUACUCCACAGUAUGCAGCGAGUUUCCCAUGACACCCAUGUAGAAGACUAAGGCAGAUACAACCUCGUUUUCGAUUCUGCUCGGGCUCACCUGGGGAUGCUUCUAGCAUCUUCUAGCUGCUUCUAGGGUGCAAAGGUGGUCUCCUCUCAGAACUGUUAUCCUCCUAUAGAUUCAUGCCCAACCCACACAUGCUAUUCAGAGGAGGUAGGUGUAGGUUUCCAUCCCACUGAGGCUAACACAUGUAGCCUCCAGGGCUCUAGCUGCCAGAAGAUCCCGAAUACCACCUGAGGAUGUCCAUCCCUAGGGGAAGAGUCAGUGUUCACCACACCACUGACAGCAGCAAACAGCUCAUGCACGAAGGUGUGUGAGGGUGUCAGUGCCUUAACAAAGCCACGUUUUCACUUCUGUGUUUAUUUGGACUGUUUGCUUCUCUAUUCUAAGCGUUAGAUUUUUGCCAUACUGAGGAACUUUCUCUAAGCUGCUUGUAUGCAUAUUGGGGUACCUCCUAGUCUUCCCAACCUUUAACACUGUGAGGAAAUUAUCCAGAAACACUCUCCUGUGAGGACAGAAACUCCUGCCUUCCAUCCCAAAGAAUUUGAGGGUUCUGGAACAAUGAAGGGGAUUGAUCACGUUAAGAGUUUAUUUUAAAAUCAACAGUGAAAAUAAAGGAAUCUGGGUCCCCUUGCUUUCUCACCAUGUGAUUGUCUUGAUUUUCCUAGAAGUCAUUUUUGGGGAGUGCAGAUAAGGACAUAAGAACUGAUGGUUUUAACUUUAGCACCAUCUUGACCACCUGAGUUCUGCAAAUGGAUUCUGUAACAUUGCCUAUGUAGGGUGCAAAAUUAAAAACAACAGGGUCUGGCCCCAGCAUGUGCAAGUAGCCAGGAGAUCUGGAGUACAUACCUUUCUUACAAAAUUUUAAUACACACUCUUGUUUCAGCUUGACUUUAUUCAGGGCGACACCGUAGAGAGUUAAAUAUUGGGAAAUUUCAAGUAGCAUUUAUGUAGAAAACGAUAAAAUCCCGUGAAUCUGUCUUACACUGGACUGAUACAGACCUGACCAAAGCAGAAGCAAUGGACCAGACCUCAAUACAUGAAUUUCCAAGUCCAACAUAAUUUCCCUUCCUUUAUUAAAAAAAAAAAAUGGCUUUUGCUUCAUCCUUUAAGCUGGUACCAUUUGUAUAUACCCAUUUGUAUAUGAACUAGUGAGGGGAGAGGGAUUUAAAAGUAUCAUUCAAUAUUUUCCUCCUUUGAAAGUUUUCUCCCUCUUUGAACAAGUGUAUUCUUUGUAGGGUUCCUCCCCCAAUUUUAAAAUAAAGUGACGAACAUAUAUCACAUCAGACAGACAGACAGAUGUCUCUCAUCUAGAGGAAAGUAGCUCACAUAGGGUCUUGUUUUCAACAGUAAACACAUAUACUUCCUUCACAAUAGGGCAGCUGAUCUCAGAAGCCUAGCGUAAAUUGUAUAGUCAAGGCAUUUAGAGAUAUGUUACUGAAGACUGUAACAAAAACAUAAAGUGCAGUGAUCAUAAAUUUUAUGAUAAAUACCUGUUGGGCACCAGUAUGCAUCAGCACCAGUAUGUGCUGCCAGGGACACAGCACAAGACGUCACAGUUGAGCAGAAAGACAAGUUGCAGAUGGAAUGAGAGUGUGCUGAGGCCUCUGUCUCAGCCCUUACUCCAUCCCAUGGCAGAUGGAUGGCAUCCACUCUGCCUGAGUUGGGACAGUACUUAAGUUGGAGCUAUCUGUCUCCCUACCAGGUCCUAGGGCCACUGGGAGGCCAUUUCAAAUGUUUGUUGGGGACUUAGAGAAACUUCUGAAACAUUGGUCAUGGCCAUACUGGAAAUAUUUUUGGACCAGGGAAACAGAACCCAGAAUCUCUUGGAUUUUGGAGAAAGGGCCAUGUUUUUGUCAGUUUGUUAGCGUGAAAGAAAGCAAGGGUUGUCAUGAGGACAACUGUCUCUCAGUCUGGCCCAGCGCCCAGCUCCAUGCUCUGGCAUCAAUGAAUGCUAACCCUUAACAGACACGGGAGUGGGUGGGUCCUUCCUGUGUCCACUGCCUCGAGGACAUACUUUUAGUGUCCAGUGUCACAAUUAUCGACUCAGAAAGGCAGUGAAUAGCUGAGUGUGGCGGGAGGCAGAGGCAAGUGGGUCUCUGCGAGCUCAAGGCCAGCCUGGUCUGCAUAGUGAGUUCCAGGCCAGCCUGAGCUACAUAGUGAGACCUUUCAGAUCUAUGUAUUCCCCCUGUAAAUUUAAGAACACUAUCACUGCCUGGCCUACUGUUUAGGCCAUCCCGUGAUCCAGCUGCUUAUAUGCUGUUGGAUUGUGCGUGUCUAUACAUCAAACCAGCCAUCUGCUUGUCCUUCCCAGGAGAUCUGGGGUCUCUCUGAUUGUAGGAACAGCUUGUUUCUCUUCCCUGCCUUACCCAGACUGGCUAAGGUUCUUUGCCUCCUGAGUGUCCCUGUGCUUCAUGGCCUUUGCACACGCUGGCAAACUUCCUUCCCCAGCCCCUUUUCCAAGUUACCAAAAUCACGUUUGGUCUUCAAGGUCCUGCUACUCAGCACAGUGACCAUGAGCCCUUCUGUAAUCUUGAUGAGGAAGCUCUUCGUCAGUACCCACAGGCUGUUGUCUUCCCUCCACCUGAGCCCAGGCAGCUGGGUCUGUGUUAAUUCUCUUCUACCAAGCUUAAGUUCCUUUGAGAGACAGGGCCAGGCAGUACUGAAGCGGCUUCUGGACAGUAACCCAGGAGAACAUGUAAAUCCCUCAGCCUUUCUUAGCACCACAAGCAGAGUGUGACACACUUAACAAAUCAUGACUUGAACGGGUGACUGACGUUGCUGUGUGUAACCUUUAUUUCCACUUUUGGGGGCUGGGAAAUCCUCUAUGCCAAAUUCUCCCCAUCCUUACCAUUUCUUCUCAGAGUCCUCAGAACCUUUGCCCUGUUCAGCAGUUGGUUUCAUUUUCUUUUUACAUCUUCUAAAGAUGUGAACGCUGCCCAAAACAUUUAAGUGGCUCUGUUGUGUGUUCAGUGAGAAGAACAUUUUUAUAUCCUUUUAAUUAGCUUGGAUUUGUUUCUUCUGGGGGAAAGUUAUGUGUUUAGUUGUCAGAAACAUCCCAGAGACAUGAAGGAUGGUGUUGACUCACAAAGCUGUGGUUUUAAGCAUCUUCGAGACCACCAGGCCCCAAACCCCAUCCUGGCCGUAGCUCUAGAACCCUGGUAGAGUGACUGAGAAGGAUGAACACGGUCAAGGCUGACUUCAGACUCAUUUAAUAGAAAGACCCCUCUGCCCUGUGUCGUUUCUCGAAGGUUGUCAGCUUAAGCUAUUUUCACAAUUAUGAAGAUGAGAAACAGAGUAAAGGAUGUCAUAAAAGAAAAUGGCAUGAGAAAUUCAGAGAAGAAAUGAGGUCCCCAUGGCCAACAGGGCCCUUUUCUAAGGCAAAGGACCAGUGUCAGACACACAACCACAGGAAAAUGUCCCAUAGAGAAGUUCAAGUGUCUGCCGCUCCUGAGACAAGUGAGAAUCCGGAAGGGACAAUUAACACUCCUCGUUUUUGAGUUCUUGUUUUCCAGCCUGAGACACAUGCUAUCCUUGCAAUCAUUUGGACACGGCCACAGAACUUUAGGAGCCUGUAGUUACAAAGAGUCACCAGUAGGUGGAGAGCGUCUUCCUAGAUUUAACGCCAGUCUGGAGAAGCCUUCACAGCCGAUUCUUGUCUGGGCGCUGAUGGGAGUUUUACUCCUUUCCACACUCCUCAUUAACGACUAUUUAUAAUUAUGCUCUAAGCUUAAACGACGCCAAUGGAUUCUGUAUCUUUUGUACUGAAACGCUCAGGUUGAAUCAACUUCCUAGAGUGUAGAUUUCUCUCUCUCUCUCUUUCUCAGCCCAGGACCAGUGUAUGCUGAGAUUCUGUUCCUUAACUGUCAGUAAACACAUCCACCUGUUUCACAGUUUUUCCCUAGCUUGCACGAGUCUUUCAAAUACUUUGUGCUAAUCUCCCUUAUCUUAUCCACACUUCCUAUCAGUGACAAGGCAAUAUAUUUGUUUUAAAUCAUCAUAAUUUACCUUGCAAAUUAUCUCUGUAAGACUUAAGCAUCAGGAAUCAAGUUUGCCUGAACGGCCUCUCUUUUGAAAACUUAUCGAGGUCCUGCUUGAAUUUCCAACAGAUAUCUAUAAACUCACUUUUCACCUGCACAAGAAUUAGCGUAACAUAAAUAGAGUUUAUUACAAAAAGAAUGCAUUUUAAAAAGCAUCUCAUAACGUGAAAAUUGGGUUCCAAGAAAGGCCUCAUUAGGUAAACCCACCCCAGUCAGAAUAUCCAUGAAUCAAAACCAGAAUCUUGGCCCCCUUGGUGACAUACUGUGGUUCUGAGAUAUUGAGAGUCCCGGGCCUCUGGUGGCUGGUUCCUGGUGAAAGAAAUCAUACCUGAGUUAAAUGUGUCUUCACAAUCUGCUCAGCCUAGCCUUCUACCUUGAUGAUCCCAUCAGAAUCCUCCCUGGUGGAGCUUCAGACUCCCUCUACAGACUUAAUCUUGUCCUCCUCCAGCAAAAGUAAGCAGAAGACAGGAUGUUCUUCCCUGAAGCUUAUUAAAACAUUAAAUCCUGGUGUUUUUCUCCAAAGGGAGCUGCUUUCUUCUGGCCACAAGGUCACCAGCUCCUGCGGUGAGCUCUUAGCAGAGUCUGGCCAGCCUCCUUAGGGGGCUGGGGACUAUUCGCUGUGACCUCAAGACUGCUGGUUUUAUGGCACCAACUCAGGUAGGAUCACCAGGUUGGCUUUAGACCCUCUCAAGAGUCAAAGCACCCAUUAGCCAGCCUGCACUUGAGCAGUGUGACCCGCCAGCACGCCGGGAGUGCCAGACACAGGUUCUCUUCUUUUGAAAAACAUCUGGCUUUGUAACUUACUUUCUUUUCUAUUCCACCAUUAUUCUCCUUUCAGACUCUCGUGGGCUCCUAAAGAUCAGUUUGGUUGUAAACUAAACCGGAGAACGAGAGGCUGCCCGUUAGCUCGAGUGCUCUCCCCAGGGCUGCCUUGUCUCUCUUGUGGAUCUGGUCCUGGACCACCACUCAGUUCUUGGUACAAACCAUUAAGUGUAUGUUUCGUUGUUUUACUUGUUCAUAUAGUAAUCUUGGUCUUUCAUUCCUGGAAUGGUCUCUCCGCCAGCACACUCCCCCUUGUGCUGAGAUUAUGAUCGCCUUGUUGCUGAGGGAUCAUGACUAGCCCUGGCAGCCCUGACGUAAAGUGAACGCCUGUCUUGGGCUCUGUAGUGUUCCGGGCCCAGGGAUGGGCUUUUAGCUGUGUGGGAUGGGAGUGUUACCCGGGUUGGUUUGUGGAGUAGCCUUAGGGUGGGAAGAGGAGGCUGCAGGAAAAACUUCACCGAGACCUUCUCCAACCCUGCCCCAGUUUGUCGCCUCCUGGGAGAGAUGAGUGAGUGAUUGUGAGCCCAGCUUCACUUUAUCCGUGUUCAUUAAAGCAUAAUUCUAAAGACAGGAAAAGCAUCCCUCCUGUUUGUUUUAAGCAGCUGGCAACCACACUUGCUUGCAGUUCUUCAGCCUUACUGUGAGAUCAUUCAAAUUGGCAAUAAGUAUUUUGCACUCUAGAAUCUCCAAGAUUCCUUCUAACCAAAAGAGGCUCCAGAAAGCACUCCCCUCACGGGUGCUUUAUACAGCUGCAGAUGCCGCUGUUUAAACUGCACAUCUCUGUGCCUGCCUCCCAGGACAAGCCAGAUGUGGGACCCAAACCCCUCCAACUACACACACACACACACACACACACACACCUCUGCUCCAAGGCAAGUCAGAUGUGGGACCCAAACCCCUCCAACUACACACACACACACACCUCUGCUCCAAGGCAAGCCAGAUGUGAGACCCAAACCCCUCCAACUACACACACACGCAUGCACGCACGGACACACGCACACCUCUGUCCCUCUCCAAGUCAGGACUCCUGGACUCUUUUUUUUUUUUUUUUUUCAUUUCCACACUUGUCUACAAAAUCUGGGCCUCUGGGAUCUAGGACUUUAAGUCAUCAUAAACAGUUCAAAAAUAAGAAAGCAGGCCUUUGGUUUACCUUUCCAAAAUUAUUUUCAUAAACCUUCCCACAUGUCCACUCAUAUCAGGAUAUAGACUUUUACUUACUUACUUAUUGAGAAUGCUUCCAAACCUGUUGUGUGAAGAGAUGCAGUUCAGGGACGUGUUUACUGUGGUUUCUGGGCAUCCGACCUGGGCAUCCUAGGGUUCUGUGCCUACAGAACACGCAGACCCCCCACCCUGAGCUGCACCCCAGCCCCUCCAGAAGUGCUGAAGUGGCUGUCUCGAGAGUCCUCUGUACCAUCUUCAGCGCAGGCUUCUAGCCUGCAGUGUAAUACUUUUUUAAAAAAAAUUAGUAUCAAUGGUUUUUAAGCCUUUUUUUCUUG